CGCGUUUCGCAUGCGGUCUAGUCGAUACAGUGCCUUAACCUAAACAAGAACCGCAUCACCAUAGUGUUUGUUUGUUUGUUUGUUUAUACUCGAUCAUUCACUGGUAUUUUUUGAAUACAUUUGUUCGUCAAUAUAUGAAUUGAUUUGUGAAAUUCAAGUGACAUAUGUGAUUUGAGGAUGUGACAUAGAUCAAUUUGAAAUUGAUCAUGGUCUAUGUUUCAGAUUGAUAGUACCAUGGACUUGAAGACCUGAACUGCAAAUAAAAAUAAUGUGAUAUAUAAUCCGUCCACGAAUACGAUUUGCUCACACCUGCUCAAAAUGACUUUGGAAAUAUGCAACGAAAUGGAUGAACUGGAAAAUAAUUGCGAUGAGGAAUUAUUCACGUUCGCUUUCCCCGCCAUGGAGUCCGACGUUGAAACAGAAAUAGCAACUAAGAAUUUGCAAAACAUCAAUAAGGAAUUAACAUUCGGAAGCAACCAAUUAGACAAUAAUGCCUUGACUAUUCUUGAAAACAUUCAUGCUCAAAGCAGGUUGGAGUAUGUACCCACCGAAGUACAAAACUGUAUUGAAGUGGAGUCAACAAAUGUUAUUAGUAUUCCGGAACACCAAAUAGUAGAAAUCCAGUUCCAAAAUGGGGUUAUCAAUACCGAGUUCAUCGUUGAUAAUGAUAUACUCCAAACACAAUUAGAAAACGAUCAUGUGAAAUCAAGCUUCAUAAAUCUCAAAGAAGGAAUUUACGAGGAAAUAAUCCCCUAUCAAAUGUACGAGGAAUCCACGGACAAUUUUGAAAUAUUCCAAAAUCUGGAAGAAAACACCUCGGAAAGUAAUAAAAACCAUACCAUUCAGGAUACUAUAAACGUAUCCAUUCCUAGCCCUCAAAGUGAAAAUGAUGAACAGACAGAAACAGACCUAACUAGUUUGAACUGGUUGCAUAAUAUAACUAACAUAAUGUCGGUUCCAAACUUACCGACUCCCCCAGUAUCCCCAUCCCCAAAGCCAAAAAGAAAAUCCAGUAGUACUCAGGAAGAUUUGACGAUAAAUAUCAACUAUUACAAAAAGAAUGGGGAGAAGAAACCCCCAUUCUCAUAUGCUACUUUGAUAUGUAUGGCGAUGGGAAAAAAUGGAAAUAAAAUGACGUUGUCGGCAAUUUAUCAUUGGAUCAGAGAAAACUUUUUGUACUACAGGAAAGCUCAUCCUAGUUGGCAG